AUGAGGAGAAGCUUUUUCUUGUGGCCGGCGGCAUGCCUGGCUCUUAUAGGGCUGACCCUUUAUUUGCGCCAUGAGCGGCUCACGCCCGUGCCACGCCCACAUUUUCUCCCGCCGGAUGGAAGCACGAGGAUUAUACCAUCGGCAUCGGCAUCGGCUACCAAUAUCCCCGAGGCCACUGAUGCCCCGAAAGGGACCACCACCACAGGACGCGUUUUGCCCCAAGAGACAAGGGCGGCGUACAUCAAAGCCAUCAUGGAUCCAGCCGCGGGGGAUUUGCCCCGACUGGAAUGUCCCGAUCUGAAUGUAUCCCGGUAUCAGCAUCUACAGGCCGAUAAGAUCGCCGGUUCCAGCACCGACUCAACCAUCCAGUACUAUUUCGCCCUCGACCUGCGGCAAUGUCUCACCCUACUGCCACGGCUCAUCGGCAGCGUGGUAGAAGCCAUCCGCUUCCUGGGCCCCAACAGCUGCGCCCUAUCGAUCAUCGAGGGCAACUCAGAGGACGGCACCGGCGAGGUCUUGGCCGCCCUGCGCCCCGAACUCGAAGCGCUAGGCACAACCUACUACUUCAGCACAAGCGACAUCAACCCGAAAGAGGGCAACCGCAUCGACAAGCUAGCCCGCCUACGAAACAUGGCCCUCCAGCCAAUCUUCGACGAUGCGGAAAAAACCCCCACAGGUAAUACCAGUACCAGUACCAGUACCAAACGCUUCUCCGCCAACAGCACGACAGUCAUCUUCCUCAACGACGUGGCCGCCUGCGCCGAGGACAUCCUCGAGCUGGUCCACCAGCGCGCGCUUCUCGGCGCCGACAUGGUCUGCGGCAUGGACUGGACGUACGUCGGGCGCGACCCGACCUUCUACGACGUGUGGAUCGCACGCGGCCUGCGCGGCGGCGACUCCUUCUUCGAGAUCCCGCCCGACGGCAGCUGGGACUCGGCCUGGAACCUGUUCUGGAACGACCCGGAUGCCCAGUCGCGCUUCCGCGCCCGCCAGCCGUUCCAGGUGUUUUCCUGCUGGAACGGCGCGGCUGUGUUCGGCGCCGCGCCGCUCCUCGAGAAGAGCGGGAUUAGGUUCCGCGCCGAGAGGGAGGGGGAGUGUCGGCAGGGCGAGCCGCAGCUUUUCUGUAAGGAUUUGUGGUUCCAUGGGUAUGGCAAGAUUGCGGUUGUUCCGACAGUCAACUUGGAGUACUCGGAUGAGGCGGGGAAGAGGAUCAAGGAGGCAAAAGGGUAUGUGUCCCGCUGGGUGGGCGCGCCGGAGUGGAAGGAUGAGAAGAUUGAGUGGCAGCGGGAGCCGCCGGAGAAGGUUAAGUGCAUGGCGGUAUAUGAGAAUCAGUUCUUCGAGCCCUGGAAUAUAACGCAGCCUGGGACUUGA